UCAGGCAGUAACAUAGGGCAUCGCUGUAUAGCGGUUCAGCUUUGAUUUUUGAAAGGCAACAACAACAAUAAAAACCUAUUUAGUUUAUAAUUAAUUAAAAUAUAAACUUACAGCAUUACGACAUUUGCAAAUAAUCUUACUGUGAUUGAUGUGCAGCUUUAAACAUGGAGCUCUGCGGGUUACAGUCCUCCAGUAACGGACACACACAUGUGCAGGAAUGGCAUCAUGAAACAUCUGCAGGAUUUUUACCCCCGAAACGCAAAAGAUCUGAUUUAACAAACAUGACUGGAGACAGAUGUGACAGUUCAUCUGCUUUUCCUGCUAAAGAAACAGCCAAAAACCACAGCCGUUUUGUGCGGAUCGACGGUCAGAGAGGUGUGUAUUACUCCGAGAGCUUUGAACCGAACGGAAGCACCCUGUACCUCCCUGUCUGCGGAACCGUGCUCGCCAACAUGCACAAAUACGAACAGAUCAGCUUCGAGCAAGGCUGCUUCUGCGUCGGCGACGAAACCGGAGGCUUCCGGCAAAGAGUGCAAGGUCAGGCUCUUCACUGCUGGAGAUACAGGAAAGACGUCAGGAAGCUCUUCAUCGCCCUGUCGUACUUCUUCACGAACUGUGAUGUAUUUCAGGAGGUUCUGAGCUCUCUCGAGUGUUUGUAAAGAGGACACACACACACACACACACACACACACACACACACACAGAACAUAUCUCCUAAUUGACUAUGUUUCAUUUUUGGCUGCUCUAAAUGUUGAACAAAAUCACAUUUGUCGUUUAUCUGGUUUCUGAUCUUCUCUUUUUCUUUCUUUUUUUUUUAUAUAGACCAGUAUUUUAGAGAACUCCCUGUUGUGUAUGUGGAUUGUAGAAUAAAGUGCGGGGGGGGGCAAAACUUUUGCAGUGUCCCUUUGUGACACUUUCCGUUGCAUCUUACUGUUAUAUAAAACUUUAAGACACAACUUCUGCACAGUAUAUCCUGAUAGAAUUGUAAUUAAUCGUAUUUUGAUGUUUAUUAUCUGCAAAGUGAACCUUGUGAGAUUUUGGGGUCUGUGGUAUUGUUUAUAACGGGCCUCUGUGAUCAUCUGUUAUUUUAUUUUUUACCCUUUUUUUUUAUUGUGUAUUUUUUUAAAUAAAAAAAAGUGUAUUAACACAAAUGUAACGUCUAUG